UUUUUGGCGGGUCGAGUAAAGUCAAAUCUGGGGACUUUAGUUUUUCCCCCAAGUCAAUAACCUUGUUAAGUUUGUGAGGAGGUUGGGCUUGCUUGAUUUUGUUGUUUUUAUCGAGUUUUGUGCAGUAAUUGUGUAAAAAGGCAUUUUUGAGAAUGGGGAAACGUAAAAAUCAGGCCCUAAUUGACAGUGACUCGAGCGAUAAUUCCGAGAGCGAUUUAGAUUCGGAAUUCUUAAACUUGGCCAAAAAAAAGAACAAGAAAAAAAGACCAUCAUCAAACUCCGACUCUUCAGAUAGCGAAGACUCAUCCAAAAACAACAAGAAAAAAUCGAAACGCGAUUCGGUAUCCUCCGAAUCCGAACAUGAGAAGGAAAAGAACAAAGAAUCCGCCAAAAACUCCGAACCCGAAGAGGGUGAAGUUUCCGAUUCAUCCGAUUCAGAAUCAGAGGAAGAAUACAAUGACGGUUAUGAUGACCAACUCAUGGGCGACGAAGAGGACAGAGCCCGACUGGCAAGCUUAACCGAAAAAGAACGGGAAACGGAGAUUUUCAAGCGCAUAGAGCAAAGAGAACUCAUGAAAACAAGGUUUGAAAUAGAGAAGAAACUUAGGCAAGCUAAAAAGGCAGAAAGGGCGAGGGAAAAGCCUUUUGCAAGGCCAAAGGAUAAAGAGAAGAGGGAAGAAAAAGACCAAAGCAAAUUACAGACUGACUUCAGCUCGAUUGAUCACAAGGAGAGGAGUAAAGAACGUAAAAAGAACAUUGAGGAGAACCGAGGGAAAGUGGAUAAACGUAUAAAUGCGAUGGCGGAGUUGAAGGCAAGGAGGGAGGGGAAACUGAAGAGGGAGGAGGCGGAGGAGAAGAGGAAGGAGGAGCAGGAGAGGAAGAAGAAGGAGAAGAAGGAGGAGGAGGACUCGACAAACAAAAGCAACAAAUUGAAGGCAUCUGAUAUUUAUUCUGAUGAUGAUUCCAGUUCCAGUGAAGACAAUGAAAAAUCCGCCCCGCAACGCCAAUCGACUACCGCCUCGCAACGCUCGCGGUCUCGCUCGCGAUCCUCGUCGAGCUCGUCGUCGAGCGACAACGAGCAGGAGGAGGCGCAAAAAAAAUCCGCCUUCAUCCCGCUCAGCCAGGAUCUCAACCGGAUCAGGCUGUCGAGGCACAAGCUGGAGCGGUUCGUGCACAUGCCGUUUUUCGACCGCAUAGCCAAGGGCUGCUUCGUGAAGAUCGGCAUCGGGCAGCACAACAACAUGCCCGUCUACAGGGUGGCCGAGGUCAUAGGCGUCUACGAGACCGCCAAGAUAUACACCCUGGGAAAGACGAAGACGAAUAAGGGAGUGAGAGUAAGGCAUGGUACGCAGGAGAGAGUGUUCAGGUUGGAGUUUGUGUCGAAUCAGGAGUUCACGGAUGGCGAGUACCACAAGUGGAUUGAAGCUAGCGCAGCUGCGGGCAACGAGCUGCCCACCAAAGGGAAAAUCGAUCAAAAAAUGGCCGACAUAAAGGAAGCUAUAUCGUACGAGUUCAAUGAACAGGACGUGGAAAGAAUUCUCAAAGAAAAGCAGCGCUUCAAAUCCAACCCGUACAACUACGCGAUGCGCAAGACGCAACUGAUGAAGGAACGCGACGCGGCUCUGUCGCGCGGCGACGAGGAAACUGGGCGCGAACUGGCGCAGAAACUGUCGGAACUGGAGGAGCGCGCCACCGAACUGGACAAGAAGCGGACGUCCACCAUUUCCAGCAUCUCGUACAUCAACGACAGGAACCGGCGGAAAAACGUCGAGGAGGCCGAGAAGGCCAUCAUGGCGGAAGUCAGGGCCAACAAGGGAAAGAAGAUUGACGAUCCCUUCACGAGAAGAUCGACGAAGCCCACGAUGCACUUCAAGGCUUCGGAAGACAAGGAGGAGGCUCCGGUCAACGUGACGACGGAGGCGGUUCCGGAGGAGGUGGAGAAGAUCAUGCCGCCCCCAAAACCGGUGCAAGUUUCCUCGGACGACUUGUUCUCGGCUCACGAUUUUGACAUCAAAAUCGAUCUCGAAGUUCCUUUGCCAGAAAACCCCAUAAACGUAAUUCCAAAACUGGCGAGUAGGGAUUUGGGCCCCCGAAGGAGCCUGAAUCUCCAAGAUUACAAAAAAAAAACGAGGACUCAUAUAGUAUUCCCACUGAAAAAAUACUUGAUAAAAACAAAAUUUCUUUAAAAAGACUACAUUCGAAACCACUAUCAUUACCGCAAUCCAACUUUAAAACAAAUCCUGUUAUAUUUUAUAUUAUUUAUUGUUGACUGUACAAUAUUGUGACCCUUUUUAUAAUAUUUAAGUAAUGGUAUUAUUUAUUUUUAUCAUGAGCGAUAAUUUUUUUUUUUCGAAAAAAAAAUACAAUAAAACAUUUAGGUUUAAGAUAA